UUUCGCAUUUUUUUGUUCUCUUGAUUUUUCAUCCGUUCUCCCAGCAGCCAAACACAAGGCUCCAACGAAACAAGCCCACUAGAAAUUCAAUUCGGCGAAGCUUACAACAAUGGCUUCGUGGGUUUUGUCAAUUCGUCCUCAAAGUUGGGUCCUUUCUCGAUUUCCAGCUUCUGCUUCUGACAAUCGCAAGUCGAACCUCAAUUGCUCCACGAGCGGUCGACGAAUCUUGUCGGUUAGGGCUCGAUGUUUCAGCGAGACAAAACAUCGAACACCUUCUGUUCAAACCCAGAAUGGGUACUGGGAAGAACCAGACGAUGGGAGCGACAGCGAAAACGAAGAUGAAGAAGAAGACGGAAUCGGAAACAAUUUGGACUUCGAAAGCGAUUGGGAAGAAGAUGCAGGGCGAGAAACAGACGAUGAUGUUUCUUCCAUGUCCGCGUAUGCCCAGAAGCCUCCGACAGACAACUACGAUGAAGAAAUUGCUAGAGAGGUUGAACAACUUCUAGAACCUGAGGAAAUGGCAAUCCUACAAGAGAAUGCUCUGCCUAAUCUCCAGAAAAUAUCGACAAACAAGUGGAAGCCGCUUCAGACUCUUGCUCUGUCAAUGCAGAUGCAUUACAUGGACAAGCUCAUUGCAAAUGGUCUCGACAUCAAUGAUGUCGACAAGUUUGGCUUGACGGCACUUCAUAAAGCUAUCAUCGGCAGAAAGGAAGCUGUGAUUAGUCAUCUUUUGAGGAAAGGAGCGAACCCACAUGUAAAAGAUCGGGACGGGGCAACUCCGCUUCACUAUGCAGUUCAAGUUGGCGCCAUGCAGACUGUAAAACUACUAAUCAAAUACAAUGUAGACGUCAAUGUAUCCGAUAAUGAAGGAUGGACUCCUUUGCAUAUCGCUGUUCAAAGUCGGAAUAGAGACAUUGCAAAGAUCUUGUUGAUCAAUGGCGCUGACAAAACCAGAAGAACGAAGGACGGGAAAACAGCUUUGGAUUUGGCUCUGUGUUACGGAAGAGAUUUCAAGUCAUAUGAUCUUGCCAAGCUGUUGAAGAUUUUACCUGCAGUCUGAGAUCUGUAAGACAGCAACAGUUUGAUUUGAGAACCAUCCGGUUUAGCAAACCGGUACGCCCUUAUUUGGUUUAAACCAUUGAUCGGUUUUAAGAGUUUUGGAAAUCUGGCCAAACCGAUCGGUUUGAACCGGGUUAGAUGGAAGAAAUCUGAUUUGGUUUGUAACACUAAACUCAUGUUUGCACAUACAUGUUCUUAUUUAUUAAAAUCCAAAAAAUCAUGCAUAAUUAUA